GAUUUGUAAGAGGGGGGAGGCAAAGGGGUUGCAGUUGGGGGGUGUUUGGAAUUUGGAUCUCCUUUGCCUUCUUUUCUUUCAUGAGCAAAAAGCAAAUGGAGAUGAGAAAGUGGGGAGUGAAGAUUGCUGUGUUUGGAGCGAGGGGUCGAUCUAUCAGUAAAUAUGAUAAUAUAUAUUUAUCAUUUACUGGUAAGUAAAAUGGUAGAUUAUUUAUGCUUCGUUGGAGACGGUGACCGGUGAAAGCCGGUUUUCAGGGAGGGUCGCAUAAAUCAAGGCGGUGGCGUCUAUGGAGGGUGUGCUUCUGUUGCUUCUGACACUGCAAGUGCCAGUGUGAUAAUGAUAAGCUUUUCUUACUUCUCUCUUCUCUACUGUUGCCAUCCUGUUGUUUCCCCCCCUCCGACCCUCUUCACUCCACCGUUCCUCUCACUUUUCCUUCUUUUUUCUCGCGGAAGGGAAGGUGGUAAAAACUUGAAGUGUUUGAUUCUCAAAUGAUAGGAAUUUCUCUUGCUUUUUCUUCUUCUUCUCUCUCUCUCUCCUUCUCUUUUCCUGCUGGGCGUGGCAUCAAAUCAAGGCCGUCUAAAUAUCGUUAUUUCAUGGUCGUCCCUGCAGAUUGACGUUGAUUUCGUGAUCUUCUUGUUUCUUAUGCUUUUCCUGCUCUGGGUGGAUGGCCUUACAGGCUUGGAGAACAAGAUGGUCCUAGAGUGAGCUUUGACUCCAAGAAGGGAACCCAUGUCUGAGAGUUUUGAGCUCAUGCAUCCUUUCCACCACAGAAUAAACCAGCUCGGUUCCUCUCAGCAGCCUCAUGUUGCUCAACAGAUCAGAAGGGACAAGCUCAGGAUAGCUCAGCACAUCUCCGGCUCUUCUUCUUCUUCUCCCUCUGCUGGGAUCCCCAACUUUGUUCUUCAAUCUCAAGAAGUUGAGGAAUCGAGGAACAGUGGGCUAUCGAGAAGUGAGUUCUCCGGGUUACCCGGAAUUGGAGGAUUAAUGCCUCUCCAUGAUCCCAAUGGAAUGAUCUCAUCCGAGAUGAUUAACUUCCAAGCCUCCGCAGAUUACCCACCUGUCAAGGACAGCAUUAUUCAGAGCGACAGUGGAUGGAAGGGCCUGAAUUCUCAGACCAACACUGACUACAUCGUCAAUUGCUUGCAGAAUCAAGGCACCCAGAACCCAGUUGUGGGCUCUAUGGUUUUGGGCUCUGUAGGGGGUGGGUUUCCCAUGUACAACCCAGAUGCUCAGUCUUCUCUUUCUGUUGUCAAUGAAGGUGAAGGUGACGGGCACAGCAAGAGUUUCACAGAACUGCCUCUGGGCUUUCUGCAGCAGCACCCAGUUCACCAACCUCAGUUACUUUCACAGAUUCCACAAGAGAUCAGGAUUAGGGAGCACAGCCAGGGGCUUCUUGUGCCUAGCUUUGGGAAUUUGCAGAGUGGCCAGUCUGAUUUUCAUGAGUUGAAUCACAGGCAUGGGGAUUUGAGAGCUCAGCAGUGGGGUGAAGGUUGUUUUGUUGGUGGCGAUGAUGCCAACCAUGGAGCCUUCAAGACGGAUUCAACAGGACAAGGCUUGUCUUUAUCUCUAUCUUUCCACAAUCCGCCGGAAUUGCACUUGCAGCAGUAUGAAGCCAGAUUUGACCAUCAGAAUUUGGCUCCAACCGCUGCUUCUGUCUACAGCAUCAACCGGCAUGAGAAGCAGAAGCAAGACUGUGUGGGGAGUUUUGGGGACUACUGUUCAUUUCAGAAAGACAGCGCUGGCUUGAUCUACGGCCCGUCCGUGUCCGGGAUUCAGAAGAAUCCGGUGCCGCUCGGUCCGUUCACUGGCUACGCUAGCGUGCUGAAGAACUCCAAGUUCUUGAAGCCCGCACAGCAGCUGCUCGAUGAGUUCUGCAACGUGGGUAAGGUUAAGGUGGCUUUGGGCGGCGUUGGUGACGGCGGUGCCGGAAGCCUUCAGUCUUCCAAGGGUCAGCAAGUUGAGGUUGACGGAAGCUGUGGGGGCUCCGGUGUGUCUUGUGAUGUCUCCGCAGCUGGGGUGCUGAAUCCCCCCUGCAUCUCGUCAACUUCAUCUGUUUAUCCUUCUGCUGCUUGCCGUGCGGAACCCAGGAACGAAAAUCCGAUUUCUUCUGUUGCCGAUCGGAAUGAGCACCGGAAAAAGAAGACCAGGCUUGUUUCCAUGCUUGAUGAGGUUUACAGGCGGUACAGGCACUACUACCGACAGCUUCAGAUGGUAGUCACCUCCUUUGAAUCCGUAGCCGGUCUGAGCAACGCUGCCCCCUACACCUCCAUGGCCCUCAAGUCCAUGUCUAAGCACUUCCGCUACCUGAAGAACGCCAUCAACGACCAGCUCAAGUUCACAUGCAAGCUCCUCGGCGAGGACUGCUUCUCCCCGGGCGCGGCUGUGAGGGACGAGAUCUCGGGCCUGAGGCUGGAAGGCCAGCAGCGGGGUGGCGGUGAGGGGUCUAGUGUGGUUGAGCCUCAUCCGCAGCACGUUUGGCGGCCGCAGCGGGGGCUGCCGGAGCGCGCCGUGACUGUUCUCCGGGCCUGGCUCUUCGAACACUUCUUGCAUCCGUACCCUACCGAUACGGAUAAGCAAAUAUUAGCUAAACAAACGGGGCUUACCAGAAACCAGGUCUCGAACUGGUUCAUCAAUGCCAGGGUGCGACUAUGGAAGCCCUUGGUUGAGGAGAUUCAUUCGCUGGAGACACGCGAUUCUUCAUCGUCCGUGGAUCUCAAUUCGGUGAGGAAGCCAGAUUCCAUCCAUGCUGGAGACGGGAGCAAUGGUAGGAACCAGCAGGGUCAGCUAACCCUGGAUGUGCACCCUAGUGCCAAGUCGCCAUCGGAAAACUUUGCUUAUGCCGAUCAGGCCAAUGGUUCGUCCAAUCUACAGAGCCUCGUCCAGCCGAUGAAACGUUCACGUGCCGAUGGCUUGCCGAUCAUGGCCGGUGACUGUUCUGGCAGCGGCGGAGCCGUGGGGAACGUCGCCGAUCCUUAUCAUUCCAACGAGCUCUUCUCCAAUGUGACCCGCGUCAGGAGCGGGGCCGGUGGGGUUUCCUUGACGCUGGGGCUUCACCACAAUGGGGUCUGUUUGCCGGCUCCCCACCAUGAUACCAUGCACGGAUUCACCAUCGAGGAUAAUCACAGCAACAAUCUCAGCGCUGGCAGUAACCCCAAGAGGCCGGAUAACGGCGAGCGUGGAAGCAGUGCUUAUACUAUGAGCGGAUUCGAAGACCAACGCGAUCAGAUCAGAAAAAAUUUAAGUGGGCAGUUGUUGCAUGAUUUUGUGGGUUAAUUACGCAGAAGAUUUAUCAGGGAUGUGUAGAUCGAGAAGAAUGGCCUCUUGUGAAAGAUUUGAAGCCGUUCUGUCGAUGGGGUUCCAAACGGAAAAAAAAAUGAAGAGAUUCGUCGGGCGAAGCAAGUUUGCCUGAACCGAGGGAGCAGAAGCUGCGAGGAGAUGAACGUACAGUAUCGAUAUAUAUAUAUAUCUCUCUCUCUCUCUUAGUUUGUAUUCGUGAAAAUUAGAAAAUAACUUCUGUAUACUAUUUUAGUGAUCAAAAUUUAAGGAGGAUUAUAUUUUAAA